AUGGCUCGCCGUAAGUCUGCUGCCAGACCUGCUGCCAGACCCGCCGCAAGACCUGCCGCAAGACCUUCUUCUACUGAGCAACGAAACAGUAGACCUGCUUCAACAUUAUCAGCACCAACAAAACAAAAUAAUGUUAAUGUUCCAGCUGUUCCACCAAAACAACCAACUAGUUUAGCGGAACAAAGAUCACCUGGUUUGUUUGGACAGAUGGCAUCAACUGCUGCCGGUGUAGCUGUUGGACACAGCAUUGGUCAUGGUAUUACUGGCUUAUUUUCAGGAAGUGGGUCAGCUGAAACACCAGAUUCUCAACAACAAUACACUCCUCAAACACAAUCUGAGCAACCUCAAUAUCAAUCGUUCCAAAAUGAGAAUUAUGGGGGAGUCUCAUGUGAAAAUGAUGCCAAAUCUUUGACAAAAUGCUUGGAAUCUAAUAAUCACGAUAUCGGUCUCUGUCAAUUUUAUCUAGAGAAUCUCAAAGCCUGUCAGCAAAUGGCAUCUCAACUUUAG